AUGCCGUACCGAUUCGAGCACCCUUACUUGAUCCACCCGGCCACCCUGGACUGCGCGCUGCAGACGAGUUUACUGGCCCUGGCGCCGGCCGGCACGGCGGUCGAGAUGCCCAGGAGUAAGAGCGACUUGCUGUACGACAUAUAUCGCCCGGUGCUACGAGCACAUGCAGCCUACAUGGACAAGCUGGCACACAAGGACCCACCCGACACUGCCCAGUUCCGGUGCUGCUGUCUGCGUAUCGCCCGUGAUUUUGCCACAGGAUGGGACGAGCUGUGCCUGCUGGCGCAAAUGAGACGGAGGAAAUCCGCCUGCGACACCAUUGUCAGAGAAGUUACCGCCGGACUUGUGCGAGAGGACGAGAAGCAGCAAAACAUUGUUGUGUGGCACAGGCCACCCGACCCACCUGUAGAGUAG